GAGCAGCAGCAGCGGGCGGAGGAGCUCUUCCAGCAGAGAGUGUUUGAAGAGGAGCCCGCGGAGCCCGAAACCCGAGGGCUCCGACUCGGUGACGUCUCAGUCCUCCCCCAGUGAAGAGGCUGGAAUGAUGACUGAGGUGAAAGUGAAGACAGAGGUACCAGAUGACUACAUCGAGGAGGUGAUCUGGCAGGACGACACCAAAGAUUCCAAGAAGAAGAUGAAGGAUGGGCCGGGGGAUGUGCCUGCGGAGAUCUGCGUGGUCAUCGGCGGCGUGCGCAACCAGCAGACGCUCGAUGGAAAAGCAGUGGAACGUGGCUCUCCCGUUGGAUAUACACGAAAUCGAUAUUCAGGGACCUGGAUUUUUGACCAUGCAUUGAGAUACACGUCCGGGUCUUACGAGUGUGGAAUAUGUGGGAAGAAAUACAAAUAUUACAACUGCUUCCAGACCCAUGUGCGAGCACACAGAGACACCGAAGCUGCCUCAGGGGAAGGAGCCUCACAAGGCAGUGCCCCUCUGGCUGCGGAAAGGGAGAAGAAGCCUCUCUCCAGAGCUGUCUUUGUGCUGCCCUGGGUGGAAUCCACAGAAACAAACAAUUUUAGGUACACGUGUGACAUUUGUGGGAAAAAAUAUAAAUACUAUAGCUGCUUCCAAGAGCACAGAGACCUACAUGCUGUGGAUGACCCCUACGACCAGGCCGUCAUCGCUGCUGACGAGGUGAAGGAGGAGGAGCCCGAACCCUUCCAGAAGAUUGGGCCAAAAACUGGAAAUUACACCUGUGAGUUCUGCGGCAAGCAGUACAAGUACUACACUCCCUACCAAGAGCACGUGGCUCUGCAUGCCCCCAUCAAGUUCUCUCGAUCUCCACUCUUCGUGGCAGUGAAGACACAGACGAACCAGUCCAGCAAAAAAUCUCCGGCGUCCAUAAACCGCUGUUCCACCCUCCUGCACCGCACCCCCUCCGGGGUCCCGCCCUCAUCCCAAUCCCAGAUGUUCCGCGCGCCAAAUUCCGGCUCCUCAGGAAGCAAGGCCAUCACAGCAGAAAGUGCUUUCAGCAGAAGAGUGGAAGGCAAAGUGCAAAACAACUUUGAAGAAACAAACAGCAAUUCCCAGAACUCCAGUGCUGCUCAUUCGGGGACGGAAAAACAUAAAGAAAAGAGGAGUAAGCAGAACCCAUCAGAAACCGCAAGUCCCCUGAUUUCAAAUCCUUUCCCGCUUUUACAAAAGCCUUACACCUGUGGAGCUUGUGGAAUCCAGUUCCAGUUUUAUAACAAUCUCCUGGAGCACAUGCAGUCCCACGCAGCUGACAAUGAGAACAACAUUGCUUCCAGCCAAUCCAGGUCACCUCUCCCCGUGGUUGAAGAAAAGUGGAAACCACAGCUCCAAAGAAAUAACGCCAACAACACGUCGGCGAGCGGCUCGGUGGGGAACAGCGCAAUCCCGGAGAAGGAGCGGCAGAACAUCGCCGAGAGGCUGCUGCGGGUGAUGUGCACCGACCUCGGUGCGCUCAGCGUGGUCAGCGGCAAGGAAUUCAUCAAGCUGGCGCAGACGCUGGUGGAUAGCGGGGCUCGCUACGGUGCCUUCUCCGUCACCGAGAUCCUGGGCAACUUCAACACCCUGGCUCUGAAGCACCUGCCUCGGAUGUACAACCAGGUGAAGGUGAAAGUCACCUGUGCCCUAGGCAGCAACGCCUGCCUCGGCAUCGGGGUCACCUGCCACUCGCAGAGCGUCGGCCCUGACUCCUGCUACAUCCUCACCGCCUACCAGGUGGAGGGCAACCACAUCAAGAGCUACGUCCUGGGCAUUAAGGGCGUAGACAUCCGAGAUAACGGUGAUUUUAUCCACCACUGGGUGCAGAACGUGCUGUCGGAGUUUGUGAUGUCAGAGAUCAGGACGGUGUACGUGACGGACUGCAAGGUCAACUCCUCAGCGUUCUCCAAGGCGGGCAUGUGCCUGCGCUGCUCGGCCUGUGCCUUGAACUCGGUGGUGCAGAGUGUCCUCAACAAGAGAACACUACAGGCUCGCAACAUGCACGAGGUGAUCGAGCUCCUCAACGUCUGUGAAGACCUGGCGGGGUCCACAGGCCUCUCGAAGGAGACCUUUGGCUCCCUGGAAGAGACCUCCCCGCCACCCUGCUGGAACUCAGUCACCGACUCCCUGCUGCUCGUCCACGAGCGCUACGAGCAGAUCUGCGAGUUCUACAGUAGGGCCAAGAAGAUGAACCUCAUCCAAAACCUGAACAAACACCUGCUCAGCAACCUGGCAGCCAUCCUGGCGCCGGUGAAACAGGCUGUGAUCGAGCUGAGCAAUGAGAGCCGGCCCACGCUGCAGCUGGUGCUGCCCACCUACGUCAAACUGGAGAAACUGUUCACUUCCAAAGCCAACGAUGCCGGUGUGGUCAGCAAACUCUGUCACCUCUUCUUGGAAGCGCUGAAGGAAAACUUCAAAGUUCACUCGGCACACAAGGUAGCCAUGAUCUUGGACCCUCAGCAGAAGCUGCGGCCCGUCCCGCCCUACCAGCACGAAGAGAUCAUUGGCAAGGUCUGUGAGCUGAUCAAUGAGGUGAAAGAGUCCUGGGCAGAGGAAACAGAAUUUGAACCUUCAACCAAGAAGCCUCGUGCAGCAGGGGAGGCCACAGCAGCUCAGGAAGAAGAUUGGUUCGGGAAAAAUGAAGUCUAUGAUUAUUUGCAAGAACCUCUCUUCCAGGCCACCCCUGACCUGUUUCAGUACUGGUCGUGUGUUACCCAAAAGCAUACGAAACUAGCCAAGCUGGCCUUUUGGCUCUUAGCAGUGCCUGCUGUGGGUGCCAGGAGCGAAUGUGUAAAUAUGUGUGAGCAGGCGCUCUUGAUCAAAAGGAGGCGGUUACUCAGUCCGGAAGACAUGAACAAACUCAUGUUUUUGAAGUCCAACAUGCUUUAAGACUGUAUUUUAAUUAAAACAAAACUUUAAAACACUGUUCCAAACAAAGAAAAAGAAAUUUAAGUUCUAAACACUGUGGACCUCAUUAUGAAUGCCCCUGGAAACCAAGUGCUUUUUUAUAUAUAUAUAAAAAUAUAAAUAUAUAUAAAAUUAAGUUUGAAAGGAAAGCUGAGCACGGGAGAGAGACAGCCCUCUGCCAGGAACGUGCUCCUUUCCAUAGAUAGUGUGUGGACUUGACAGACUUUCUAAUGUUUUCAAGUGGGCAGACGAAUGGGAGGCUGAUGUUCUAAAGUCUUCAGGCAGCUGAGAUCUAAAGUGACUUGAAGUUUCUUUUGUUUCUCCUCCACCCCACCUUUCCUCUUGUCCCCUGGGCCAUCUUGCCAUGGAUAAUCAGACUCCAUUGACCAGACCAGUUCUGCACUGGACUUUGCUCCUUUGAAUAACUGUACACCUUGAGGGCACUUGGCUGCAGCCUUCUUGGCACGAUGCACAAAUCAGGGCAGCUGCGUUCCAUCAACACCGGUAUCUUUAGAAAUACCAGGAAGGGAGGCUUUAAGGGUUUUUUAUUUUUAAUUUUAUUUCUAACCUUUCUAUAUCUUUUUUUUUUUUUUCCCAAAAAGCAAAAUUACUCCUCUGUCUCUUCUCCCAGUUUUGAGUUAAACAUGGCAGCAAGCGAUUAAAAGUUUGAUUUCAAACUAAGAGAAAUGGUUCAUGGCAGAAACUGUCAGUAAUCGUUACGUUUCUUGGCUUUCUAUUUUUUUACAGCAAAACUUCUUUUCUGAACUCCCGGUGUUAAUUAGCUUUUCUGUGAAUUUUGUAUAUCAGGUGUUCUCAAAGUUGUUCUAGAGUAGCUCAUUUGCAAUUAAUCUUUUGGGAACCACAGCGUUGUUCAUAUGGCAAAGCCUAGAAACCAGGAAAAGCAAAUGGUGGCAGCACCGGUGGCUGUGGGCCACCAGUGAGCUUUGUCAGGUCUGCCAGAGAACCCUUGUACCUAAAGUUUUUUGUUAAGAGGUGUCUCAGUGGCACACAAACCGCCCUUGCCAAGGCCAAGGACAAACCAAGGUGUAUGAUUUUUCGGGGGAACAAAGCUCACCGGUUCUGUCGAACUGGGCUUUGAAGGAAGCUUAGAGAAGUGCAUGGGCUCAAAGAUCCUUCUGAAUGUAAGUGCUCCUGAUUGAGUGCAAAGAAUAUCUUCCCAUUUUUGUUUGGAAUGGUUUCCUCUAGUGGCACGAAUGUCUUUUUGAUACCUACAGUGCAUUACACUACUUGUUCUGUUGCUGACCUGUUCUGGCCAGGAAGGCCACGGGCCCCGAAACGUUCACGCGUAACUGGCUCACCCCAAAUGCAAUUAGAGAUCCCUGUAACCCCAAACCAUCUCUGUCACUCUGCUGUCCCCAGGGCCAGAGCUCCUGCAGGCACAGCUCCUGGGCUGCUGGACAGGCUCUGUCAGGUUUGGUGUCUCUUGGACAUUUCCCAACCUCUGGUGCCAAACUGCAUUUUUCUCCGCUGGGACUUGUCUCCCGGAGGAACACUGAAGCAAAUCCUUGUUUUUUCAGCAACCUCUCCUGCUUCCAGAAGCUCUGGAGCUGCAGUCCCAGUGGCAUGGGAGGGUCAGGAGGAGGGACUGGCCCUGCUGGCAGCAGGCUGGAGCCCUUCAGCAGCACAGGGAGUUUGCUGCUGACUGGCAGUGCAGGGGGACACUGGAGGCCCUCUCCAAAGUGCUGCUGUUGACCAGAUGUUAAACCAGGAUCCCACCUGCCCAGCUCUGGCUGUAAGAGAAGUUGCAAGUUCCAAGACAUGAGAAAUAGCAAACCCAGUCUCAGGCUUUGUGUGCAGAUGCCUUGAACCCGACGGGCGCUCCCUGCCACCUGCACUGCCACAGAACUCAGGGUCACAGUUUGCACGCUGGACCCUUCCCCAUGCCAGGCGCACGAGGACAGGCCUUGGCACCAGCUGUCGUGCCCUUUCCAGCCCUUUCAGGCUUCCAUUGCCUUGAGGCUGGUGUUUGGGUUGACCUCUCAGCACUGUUACUGCCAUCAGGCCACAACCAUUGUCUCCUAAAACGUUACAUUUUUGCCUAAAGCACACAGCCUGCCACAUGAGCAGGAGCUGCCAAGGCAGAGGCUCCUGCACUCCUGAUUUCCCUGGCAGCGGCUGAUGGAGGGGUUGCUUGUAGGGCCAGCUUUCCUUCUUGCUAGUUUUGUUUUCUCCUGCACAAAUCUUGCAUGCCCAGCCACCAGCUGUGCCCGUGGUAGCAGUUUGCAGGGCAGGAGAAACCUGUGACAGACAAAAAUGAACUCAGAGUGAGUGAGAUGUGUGCUGGGCCCACUGGUACCUGACAGCAGGAAAACUUGGCUGGUGCAUGUCCCCAGACAGGAUUAGCUGUGGGCACAGAGGGUACCCCACAGCUCAGCCGAUGGCACAGAGAUCAGGAUUGGCAGCUGUGACCAGGAUACACAAAGCAAUCACACGGAGACGAGAGAUUUCGCAGGGCAGAGUUGUUCCUUUGAGAGAGCCAAGGCCGAGAACCCCUCUGCCUGUUUAUUUCUUACUUUUUAUACAUUUGUGGGUCUGGCUGUGGAUUGGCUUCUGGAGUUUUCACCUUCCAGCCCAAUGGCCAGACCAGCCAUCAGUUACAAUUGUUUUCAGGUUAGAAAUAUGCAAACAAAGGACAGAGAAUGGAAAAACAAAGGAUUUGUUUAUGUUACAUGUGUGAGAAAGAGCAGAAACUGCUCCUAAUAUUGUACAGUAGCUAAAAGUCUGACUCCAUUUUAUAAACAAUCAAAAGGCUUUAAAAAAUUCAGAAAAACCAGGGUGACAUCAGCUCCUUCUAAUGGCACAUUACACCUUUUUGUGUGGUUCACCUGCGACCCUGAGAGCUCUUUGAUGCUCAGGGGAACAUGCAAAGCCCUUGCAUUCCUUUGGAAGGACAGCUCCAACCCCCAGCCUUCCUUUGCUAAGGGACACCUAGAUGGUUUCUGGGGAAUUUGCGGACUCGGGCUAGUGUUGUCUGUGCGAGGCAUCGAGGGUGUGAAGAGGGCAAGACAGAGCUGUAAAUCUCAGAAUUGAGAAUGGGGCAAACUGCAGGGAUUUGUGCCCAGCAGGGAGCAGGGCUGGUGCACACUGAGGGUGUGCAGGCAGGAAGGCCACAGCCACCCCUGCCUCCCAUCCCACCUCCCCUUACCCUUCUCACACUGUGGGUUUGGCACCAGAGCUGGAGUUUUCUUGCGGUGCUGACCAAAGAGAGGGAUGGACUGGCCCUCUCCCCCAUCCCAAAAACUGCCCCUCUGAGGCAACUCUGGUUGUAGCUGCACCAAUGAUGGAUGUUAAGCAGUGAUGUUGGGUAGAUGAGAUUCUCCCAAAGACUUAAAAACUCAGCUGGAAAAGCUGGAAAAGCAAGAGAAAACUUAAAGGCUUAAAAUGGAGCAUUCUCAGAAGUGGGGAGGAGAGGAGCUGCUUGGGCAGCCCCUUCUCCAGAGACUCGGUGGAGGAGGGUGCAGCUUUUCCUGACUCUUGUGUAUGGUUGCAAGGUGCUCAGCCCAGAGGAGCUGUUUGUGCUGGCUCUGCUCCAGGCUCUCUCUGGGCACUUAGGCCUCAGUAAAAGCAGAGAAGCACAUCUGUAGUACAUGCAUUUACCUUAAAUACCAAGCUUUUGCUCCUCUUCCUACUUUCUUCUUCAAGGCUUGAAUGAACAUUCUAGGGAGCAGAAAUACUUUACCAAGGUCUGAAAUUUGGAAGCUCUUAUUUGCCAGGUUGCUCCCACUCAAGCUGCUCUGUUCCUGCUCUGUGGUGCCUCAGAUGUGCGGAGCAGCCGGGGUGCUGUAGGGAGCACUGCUGGUCCUGGGGUGAGAGACUGCACAGGAGAGGCUCUGAGUCUGGCCAGGACUGUUGUGAGUUCUGCUCCCUUUGAGCUGGGAGAAGUCCUCAGAGCUGGGAUCAUCCUCUGGUGGGUCAUGUUGGGAAUUUGCCUUCUGCUUGUUGGUUUCCUUUAAUGUCCCUUGUGAAAUAUGUCAGGAUGCAGGAGUGGUGUGUGGCCUCCAGGCAUCCCCCCGUUCCUGCUGCUGACUGUGCCUAACAUUGCAGACUUCUCUUCCUGGCUUCACAGUUCGCUUUGGGGGAGUUCUGACCUUCAUGUGGGGAACAAGCACCAGCAGGUGAACUCCAAGGUGUCUGAACAUCCUUGUUGCCACAGGGAGUGGGAUGGAGGCAGAGCUCUCAGGAGGUUGUUUCUGUGUGGGUGCAGCAGCCAGAAGGUCAGGAAGGAUUUGUCUCCUGCGUCUCUCAGUAGGCAGUGGUUGUGUUUGGCUCGCAGGAUGGACUUGGUGUCUCGCACCUGGGUCGAGUUGAGAUGGAGGUGAAUUUCCCUUUCUGUCCAAGCUCUCUGUCUGGGCUAAGGAAACUGCUUUGGCUGGGUUUGAACUCAUGCAAUUUGCCAAACUUUCUGUGAAAGCCGACUGUGGGCUCAGGUUUCAUCUAACUCAGUUGUUCGUUCAUUGCUGGUUAAGCCAGUUUAACUUUAAGCUGAACUGGUUUAAGCAUCCACAUAAACCAUCUGCACUGGUUUAACUGUGCUUGCUGGGCAGAGCUGAUGUCCAGCAGCAGCUCAGGGAGUCAUGACCCUUAUGUGAAUUUUGCAAAUGAAUUUGCAGCAGAUGCUCUCAAAACUUGGGAAUGACUGAAAAAAUAGAAGGGAGAUACUUCUGGAAAAGACUUGAGCUCUAAAUGGUGGCAUUGGAGUGUUCAGUGAGAUGGCUCAGGUGGGUUGGGUGGUUUUUCUCCAACUGUCUGCAGUAACCCAAAAAAUUUAGCAUGGGAAGGAAUUACCAAAAAUGUUUGUGUUGGUGGCUGACUCUGCUCAGAGGGACCAGUUCCACUCUGGCCAUGGUGAGCACAGGAACUUCCUGCUGUUCCCACAUUGCCCUGGGCAUUUCUCGGCAGCACCAUGUUACAGGUGAAUCAAAAGACUUUAAAAGAGCAGCCAGGAAGGUGCUGCAAGGCUGGGAGUGCUGCUUUGUGCUGAGCAUCUCUGACAGCUCCUCUUGGCUGCCAGAGAGGCAGGAGCUCCUGUGAGCAUUCACACAGGAAGGGACAGGCUGUUCCCUGUGGAGUAAUUAGGAGUAAUGGGAGAAAAAUAAAAAAGAUACUGAAGGCAGAUUCUGGGAAACCUCUUCAGGGAGGAGAACUCUGUUCCCCUGGGAGGAGUCUGUGGAGGGAAUGUGUUUUGAGGCCUGUCAUUGAAGACAAGGCUGCAGAGUGGAGCUCACUCCAUAAGACACGAGGCUGGACCUUGCCAAGAGAAAAGGAGCUGGGUGUAGGGGUGGGAAGUGCCAGGUUCCUGCCCAGACCCCUCCAGGAGGGUUCACAGAGCCUUUUUCUCCCCAUCCUCCCACUCCUCACCAGCACCAAGCCCUUGGCAGCUCUCGGUACAUCCACCAAGGAGGGGGGCGGCAGAGGGGAAGCCACCCGUUGAGGAGCGAAUGUCCUGUCAGAUGGACGAAAGGGAGAGUGUUCAGUGUCCUCUGCUGAGCUUUUUCUGUGCAGCACUGCUCUCAGAUCUGUGGGAUCCCUUGAGAAUGCCCGGAACCAUCGGCUGUGCCCCGUGCCAGACCCGACGCUGUCGCUGUGUAGCAAUAAGAACUCUCUGUUACCGUGUGUGGGACCUGUCCCCUCACGGCUCUGCCACCUCCCUGGGGCUUCUGGAAGUGUCCCUGAGCAAACCCUGAGCUCCGUGUGGGACGGGCCUGGGGACAGUCUGCUUACGCUAGGCCAGAAAUGGUGAACCAAUGAGAGAGGGUUGCCCUGAAAUUUAAUUUUAUCUAUUGAAUGUUUGUGGGAUUUCUGUUUAAUUUUGGGUUCAGUUUGGCUGCUUAGUUGAGGCCUUUUUCCUGUUAAGAGUCCUUUGUUUGUAACUCGACGGGAGAGUUGUGCUCACGUAGACCACGGUGUAUCCAUAGACUCUGAGGGAUUCCUCAUCCAUAGGCAGCUGAGUUGGAAUUUCUGGCUCCUGAAACAAGAGAUGAUGCCUGGCAGGAUUUCCUGUAGCACUCCUGACAGUGGGACCCGGAUGAGCAGCUCAGCCCUAAUGGUGGCAAUAUUGUAGGGUGGAGUUGAUGAGCACAGACACGUCCAACCCUUGCUUUUUACAACCAAAAUUCCUUAAGAAGACACUUCCAGCCUCACUGGCCUUGAAUCCUUGUUCUCACCUCCCUGGGGUUCCCAUGGCGGGCUCUGUGUGUCUGUGCAUAGGCUAGGAUUGUUUUUGCAAGGGGGCUGGGGAGUGGGAGAAGGGAUGACUUUUCCCCUUGCUGUGUAGAAGGACCUUCCCCCUCAAGGAAGGAGACGUGUUCUGGAAGGAGCAAGUUUGGGGAGCUGUUUUCCUGGUCCCUUGAAACUUACUGGUACUUUAAUACUCCUUUUUUUGAACUCCUUGAAGGAAAGCUGGUAGUGGAUGACGUGCAGGUGACAGGUGACAGCCCAGGCUGUGAGUGGGGGGAACACUCUGCCCAGGCCACGAGGACUGUGGUCCAUGCCGUAGACAGACAGUGUCAUGGUGACAGCCAAACAGCAGGAGAUCCUCGUUUGCAGCCAGUCUGAAAAGAGAAGCUGUUCCUCGCUCGUACGUUCCAUUUCCCAAACCUCCUCCUGGGAGCUGAAUUCUUGUUUCAUCAAGCAAAGGAUUUAAGGUUCUCCUGGCCCUCCUGGCCCUCCCUGCCCUCAGCAACUCGUGUGCAUUUCCUUCCUUUCUGUAGAUGCAGAUGUUCUAGGCAAUACCACAGAGCACCCGCGCUGCGAGUGCAACCAUGUCAUCUUAAAAAAUAAAAUUUAAAAAAAAAAAAAAAAAAUACAAAAAAAUAUACAAAAAAUAUCUUUUUUAGGCCAGAGUUUUCUACAGGUAUUAAUGAAUAUUUUUCUUAAUCCUUAUAAGUUUUAUGUGUUUAAUAUUUCUUAAUACCGGUAGCAUUAAUUUAUACUUUUGUAGCAACACAAUAUUUUUAUAAACCGCCACCGCUGGCUUUGUCUUCAUAACGGGAAACGUGCGGGCAGCUGGCCCCGCGCUGUACCAUGUACUGUAUUUAAAAGGUUAUCUAAUGUCACACUUGCUGUGUUAAUAAACAAAACAAAACCUGUUUGAAGUCUCAUGUAUUGUUGGUGUGUAUCAAAUGACUCACUAGAGAGCAAUAUUGCACGGGGUUGAGUUGCUGAUUUUCAUUGUGAUAUGCGAACGCUUGAGGCCAACUCAAGUUCUGAGGGUUUUUUUUGGUUUGGUUUUUUUUUUUUAAUUUUUUAGGAUUUUGUUUUGGUUUUGUUUUGUUGGUUUUUUUUUUUCAGCUAAAUAAAUUCAGUGCUGUUUGAAACUUAGACUGACGUCAAAUGAAAAGGAUUAUUAAAGAAAAAAAAAAUCAAGGUGUUUAAAUGUUGCUGUUUUUACAAGUCUGUUGCUGUCUGAAUGGAAAUAUUCCACAAGAGAGGAGGAAUAGUUCCACUUAGCUUCCAAAGGGGCCGAGCGCUCCAGGCCAGAGCUCGGUUAUUUGGAAGUACCUUAGAGACAUGUUUCUGCAACAUUCUUUUCAGAAUUGAUGCCAAGGCAGAAGACAAACUGUAACUGUAAGAAAGCAUCCGUUGCUUGAGGAUUUUCAUGUCAGUGUUGUA